UUGGGUCAAUUCGCACCAUCAUGGCCGACUCUGUGGCGCAGUGCUGCCGACGAGAGCAAUGGGAGGAAGCGGCCGUCAUGAUCGAAGCUGGUGCGAGCGUUGAUAUCGCCUUUGGGAACCAUCAAUACACGGCGCUACAUUUCGCGGCGAUGCAUGGAGCCGUGGCAUGUGCGAGGCUUCUUAUCGUCCGCGGGUGCAACGUAAAUGCUACAGGCAAGGAUGGCCUUUCUCCGUUGCAUUUAAGCGUACAGAAUCGACACAAGGACAUGUCGACGUUGUUACUGCAAAGUGGCGCCGACAUGCACCUCGGCGAUCUCAAGGGUAACCAGCCGUUUCUUGGAGCGCCAUGGCAUGCCAUGAUGUUCCCGUGUCUCGUCGCGCCGUCGCACGACGCCAUUCGUCGCACCAUCCAAGUCAGCGUCGCCUUCCAAGCCGCCAACUUGGACCUGCGCAAACAAGCCAGCCGUCUCCACCAUCGGAUCGCCCAUGCCCGCUCCAAUGCCUUCAUCGCGCGCACGAUUCUCUGCGACAGCGUCAAACACCGCGAGGCCGUCGAAGACGACAUCGCCGCCUUGGACGCCGACAUAUUCGUCACGGAGAGCGCCAUCUCGACCAACCAAGCCAUGCUAACCGACCUCUGUCAUGGCCAGGUCGAGUACGAAGCAUUGCUGGAGGAAACGGCGGCGGCCACAACCGCCAAGCAUGACGAAUUCCGCGCGUGGGGUACUGCGCAUGCCAAUGAAAAGUGCCAAGAAGCCCAUAUUGACAAUGCUAUUGACGUUGUACAAACCCAUCUACGAGACAAGUGCGAGACGCUGGCGUGCAUGACUCAACUCGUAAUGAACGAAAAACUCCAGGAACAUUCGUUUCGAGCUCUGACAAAGUUAUGCUUGCGACCAGACAUGUGUCGCAAGUUGCUCAGCAACGGAUUGAUUGCCACCGUGUUGAACGGACUCGACGUGUAUCCCAGUAACGUGCGCAUUCAAAUGGACGGCAUUGCCAUCUUGUUUCAGAUCGUUGCUAAAACUGGAACGUUCCCAGCCACGCAUUUACAGCGCAUGGCUUAUAGCGUGAGUACGGCCCUGCUCAUCCUGCGCAACUCGUCUGCGAUUAACUACGCCACCGACGCCAACCUCGCGGCCGUGGGCUCGUUCGUGUCGUUUGCGACCGACGCGUCAGUAGAAGCAUCGGCGUUGCGGUCUAUACACGAAUCGGUUCGUGUAUUGCACAAACAACAGCGGGCAAUUCGCCUUCAAUGCGCCGCCCGACCCAACUCUAUGACCUUUGAAAUCGAUGAGAAGCAACACUCGACAGCUGACGAUGCGACUCGUCACGACGUGGGCGACGUACGAGGGUAGAAACUACACCCCAACCUACAGCCAUUCUUGCACCAACUACCUCAGCAACUACUAGCACUACUACUAGUUCUCCUAUUUAAUACACCUAUUACUUGAACCAUAUUUCUGUGGUGUUACAUAAGUGUACAUUUACAAGGCAGCCGACGAGGAGGUCUGUUGUUCUUGUGUGCUUCCAGCUUCAAAUCCUCUUGCUCGAUGGCGUCGGCGUCGGCCGUGCGCGGGUCGUCCUCCGCCGACGGAGCCAACGCAUACGCUAUCACAGGUUUGUCCAAGAACUGGAGCUCAAACUCAGAUAGUUGGACGCCCACGGCCUGGGCGGCGAUCUGGUGCACCGUGCGAAGGACGUUGUCGCCGCUGUGAGCCGACAACAAGAAUGCGCCGGCUAGAUGAUGUGUCUUGACAAACUCGUCGUGCUGCGCAACACCCACGGCGCGCAACCCGACGAGAUCAAUCUUGUUGCCCACUAAAUACACGUGCUGUUUGUGUUUAUGUUUCAUGGCAACUUGCUUGGUGGUGGUUGUUGGGGGGGAGGAGGGGGUCUCAUCGCGAGCCUUUGUUACGAGCGUGACCCAGUCGUCGGCGUCGGCAAACGACUUGGGAUCGGUUACGUCGUAGCACACAAACACAAUGUCGGCGCCGUACACGUACUUGUCGAGCAUUUUGCUGCGAAUGUUCUGGCCGCCAAUGUCCCACACCUCGAGCACCACGCGGCGGUCGCGCGGCAACGCGAUCGUCUUGACGAAGAAAUCCAACCCGAUCGUUUGCUUGUACUGCUUGGCAAAGCCAUCGUCUACGAACCGCCCGAUGAUGCUCGACUUGCCCACGGACCCGUUCCCGAGCAAGAUUAGUUUGCACACGGGGUCGCCGCGGCUGUUACCUUUGGUCAUAUGCUACUGCUGAU